UCUCUGCUGCUUCCCCCUCGGUCCCUGCGCGGAGCAGUCCGCACGCCCACGCCUGGGGUUUUUUGGACUCGGGCGACGUAGAGCGAUUCUUCACCAAUGAACAUGGAUGAAAAUGAAAGCAACCAGUCCCUGAUGCCAAGCAACCUAUAUCCUAAAGAAGCAGUAAGAAAACGCCAAAAUUCAGCACGAAAUUCUGGAGGAAGUGAUUCUUCUAGGUUUUCCAGGAAAAGCUUCAAACUGGAUUACAGACUAGAGGAAGAUGUGACUAAGUCAAAGAAAGGAAAAGAUGGAAGAUUUGUUAACCCUUGGCCAACAUGGAAAAAUCCCUCUAUUCCAAAUGUUCUCAGAUGGCUAAUAAUGGAGAAAGAUCACAGCAGUGUUCCAUCUUCUAAAGAGGAACUUGACAAAGAACUGCCAGUGCUUAAACCAUAUUUUAUAGAUGCUCCUGAAGAAGCUGGAGUGAGAGAGGCUGGUUUAAGAGUCACAUGGCUGGGCCAUGCGACGGUAAUGGUGGAAAUGGAUGAGCUCAUUUUUCUUACGGAUCCCAUCUUCAGCUCUCGUGCUUCACCAUCACAGUACAUGGGUCCAAAGCGAUUUCGUCGUCCCCCAUGCACAAUAAGUGAACUCCCCCCAAUAGAUGCAGUCCUGAUCAGUCACAACCACUAUGACCACCUGGACUACAGUUCUGUCAUUGCUUUGAAUGAACGAUUCGGUAAUGACUUAAGAUGGUUUGUCCCUUUGGGUCUCCUCGACUGGAUGCAAAAAUGUGGCUGUGAGAAUGUGAUUGAGCUGGACUGGUGGGAGGAGAAUUGUGUCCCCGGACAUGAUAAGGUCACCUUUGUCUUUACACCUUCCCAGCACUGGUGUAAAAGGACUCUAAUGGAUGACAACAAAGUUCUUUGGGGCAGCUGGUCUGUCUUGGGGCCUUGGAAUCGAUUUUUUUUUGCAGGAGAUACUGGUUAUUGCCCAGCUUUUGAGGAGAUAGGAAAAAGAUUUGGACCUUUUGACCUUGCGGCUAUUCCCAUUGGAGCUUAUGAACCAAGGUGGUUUAUGAAAUAUCAGCAUGUAGACCCAGAAGAAGCUGUAAGGAUUCACAUUGAUGUUCAAGCAAAGAAAUCUGUGGCAAUUCACUGGGGAACUUUUGCCUUAGCAAAUGAGCAUUACUUAGAGCCUCCAGUGAAACUGAGUGAAGCUCUAGAAAGAUAUGGACUUAAGACCGAAGAUUUUUUUGUCCUGAAGCAUGGAGAAUCGAGAUACCUAAGUACUGAUGAUGGCACCUUUGAAUAAAUACGAGCACAGGAGCUAUUAAUGAAAAAGGCAUCAUCUGAAAUAAAUUUGAAAACAAGUGAAAAGACUAAGAAAUUCAUGAAUAUUAUGUUUUUUUAAAUUUGGAAAUAACUUCUGCAAGUUUGUGUUUUAUGUUUUGUGUAAUAACUUGUUUACUAAUGAUUGCCAGCUAUUAAAAACUAUGAAAGAAGAGUUCAGGGGUGGGUCAUUUAAAUAAUAAAUUGUCUAAUGUGAAUUUUAAAUCACGUGUCAAUGGUAUAAGCAUUGCAGUGGAAAUUUUUUUACUAAAGCAUUAUACUUUAGUGGUGGUAGAACUUUCUGACAUUGUGAAAAACUGAUAUGAAAAACUCAUUUCUGUUUUUCUGUUCUUCAGGACCUUCUAUAAGGUGAAUCAAGGCUGGCUACCUACCUAGAUUUUUUUAAGGGGCCUACACAUACAAAUAUUUUUCUUAUAUUCACAUUAUAGUAAAUGAUGAAAUUGACUCCCACAUGCUUACAAACAUUUCUUGCUCUACGAAGACUGGUUAUAUGCCAGAUGUUACGAAUGUGAUUUUGUUAAGCAUAAAAACAUAGGGGUUUGAGUGAAGUUAUUAUUUUUAAAGACUUAAUUUUUUUUGUUGUGGUAAAAUGUACAUAACAUAAAAUUUACCAUUUUAACCAUUUCUAAGUGUACAGUUUUUUGGCAUUAAUGUAGCCAUGACCACUGUAGACUUAAUUUUUAAAAGGGGGAACAGUAUAUUCUAUUGCAUACCUACAAUCCCCAAAUCAAAAGCCCUCUGAGUUGGGCAGAGGAAGGGAGUGUGGUUAUGAGGAUAUCAUUUAUGAAAUUUUCUAUUUUUAAUCUCAAAGUCAGAUCUUCUGCUAAGCAUAAAAAUAGCUAUAAUGCAAUAUUUUACAGAGAUAAAUGCAGAUCUUAAGUGUUAAUAGAUCAUACACUUUGAAUUAAAUUUUAUUUUCUCUGUUUUCCAUUUUCUCUACACACAUUUAUGUUUUUCUGGUCUCUUAGCUCUAACUCUAAAUAUGUCAGUAAGAUUUAUUUUAUAGAUAUUUUGUUUUACAUGAUUCAGAUUUCUUAUAUUUUUAUAUUAAAUGAACCCUAAAUAUGAUUCUACCUUUUAUUAUGCCAGUGUGGAAUACCAGUGGUUAAAAAAAAGAUGGUGAUUCUGGGAGUCAGCUGACCUGAGGUUUAGUCCCAAUAAGGGCUCCGUAUUCACUUGAUUACUCUGAACCUUCCUGAGGGAGGGAGCUGGAUUAGAUACUAUUGGAGACCCAUUCAGUGUUCCUGAUCCAUAUAGUCAGUGAAAUAAACUUUAUUCAAAUAAAAUAAUCGAAAUAGGUUUUUUGCACCAAAUGCUACCCAGGCAGUGCUCUACAACCUGCACAUAUAUAUAUAUAUAUGCUUGCCACGUUAGCCACUAAAGCUGAAUUUUAAUCCUGCUUUUAUCAUGGAUUUUUUGUGUAAACCUGAAACAAGUCACCUAUGCUCACUGUGCCUGUUUCCUCAUGUGCAACAAGAUAACUUUGACCUACCUCUGAAAAGUGUGUACAGUAAGUAAUAAAGUGAUAUUUCAUAGAAAUAUAUGGGAGAAAAUGAUUUCUUAAGGUAUCACUGCCUAAUAUAGAUAGGUACAUUUGAAAGCUGAAAAUAGGCUAAUGCUUUUUGAUAAUGUAUUGUUACUGUUACAGAUUUAAGUGUAUGGUAGGACACUAGACAUUGAAGACUGACAAUUUUAUCUCACUCAUUUUGUAAAUUUGGAGAAUAAUAGCCAAGAUAAAUGUAAAUGGUUUUUAUCAAAAUUUAGUAUUUUUAUCUACAAUGAUGCAAGUCAGUAAAGGGGAAAUGUGUAUGCAAUGUGCAUGUCUAUAAUUAAUGUGAAUGUGAUUUGGGGGCACUAAAGCACAAAAACUUUUCCCAUAAAAAUAAACCUUCAGGAGAAAACUGAACAAGCAUAAGCUUUUUCACUCCAAGCAGAUGUUAAUCAAGAUGUUAGCUUCACGGUGGGUUAACUUUGGGGCACGUUGCCCUUAAUACUAGCCAACGUUCUGGUAGUUAUCUUCUUUGCUGCUGCACUCUGAACUGAAAAUUCAUCUCUUACCUCUACUCUAUGAAGCAAGCCAAGUAUGUCUUGCUUAAGUAUGUCUUCUCCAUGAAUGGCCUUAACAUUAGUUUUGUAUUCACAUGUAACAUUUAACUGAGGGUCUCUGGGCACUUUAAUUUGUCGUGUUCUAGUUCCACUUCAUUGGGCCUGCCUCAUUUUUCUACGCCUCUUCAACAAGCUGUGAUUUUUUUUUAUUACCAUUCACAUUCUUUCUACAAUGAAACUUUAUUCUUUAAGAACUAUAUUAAGCUUCAUAUCUCCUUAUAGACUCUCACUCCAUUGAGUGGUUUUCACUUUAUUUUUCACUUAUUAUCUACAUUUUGAAGAGUGUAUGUGCAAAGUGAAAACAAAUUUUGAAAAAUAAGACAAGUCCAUUCUCUUCCCUCAAUUCAGUCCAAUAUGCACUAUAAUACCUUUUAAUUGAUCUUAUCCUCUAAGUCAAUUUCAUUUUCCUCUUUGAUUAGCUGGCAUCCAUACCAGCAUGUAAGAUUUUAUUGUUUCCUUUGGUGACUGAGGAACACUGUUAUGCCUCCCUUUCCCAUAGGGUAGGUCAGCAGUUAGGAGAAAGCCCACCUAAUAAAAGCCAAAACAUGCCAUGACCUACAUAGGUAAAGAUCUAUUUGUGCAUUUUCUUUCUGGGUAGUUAAAAAUUACUCCCUCUUUUCUCUAGCAUUUUGACAUUUCAGACUCAAUGUUCUGGGCUCUAGGGAGUGUGAUUAUUUACUCAAACUAAUAAUAGAGGAAGAGAAGAGACGGAGCUUUAGAAUUCACCACUGCUAAAAGCACAUUGAAAAAAAGUCCUGGUUUUUAUUGUGUGAAUGUUUUGAAUACAUACUUUCACUAAAUAGGCAUAUUUUUAAAAAUUGCUAUAAAGAAAUGUGCCUUUUGGGGAAUACUUACAUUAAUGUCACCAAUUACUACUCUAUCCCGUUGGGAAUUUACAUUUUUUUCCUUAUACUGAACCCUUUUUCUACUGUAAAAAUAUUUCUUCAAAGUUUGAUUUCUGUAUCAGGAUAACCUUGAAAACACAUUUUUCUGUUUGAGGAUUUGUGGCUUCCUACAGAAAACACUCUUGUAUCCAUGUAUUUGCAAAUGAAAUUUAAAGUACUCUUAAAGCUUUGCCUUAAAUACACAAGUACUAAAGCUUCUGCUUGCAUAUUGAUUCACUUAAUGCCAAGCAUGGCAAGGGUUAUGAACUGCAAUAUUAUAAAGCCUGGCUGAAUUCAGAUAUACUAAUAAAUUGUUAUAGUAGCUUAUGGAAUAAAAAUACUAUGGAAAAUGUAACAGAAAUUUUCAUAUAUUGUAAUUUUAGUCAAGUAAAAUAUGGAUGAAAAUUAAUGAAUAAAGUACUGUCAAUUAAGGGGA